CAGCGAGGUGAAUUCUUUUGGGCAGUGUUUCCUCAGAGCCAGCACACAGAAGCAGUGUUCAGAGGUGGCCACGGCUGGACCUCACUCUGGAGAGCCGAGGAGAGGCUAUGGUGAAUGGGAAGAGCCAGGCACACCAGAGACCCCAGCCUUUUGGAGAUGUCAGUACCAUGGGACGACCACCAAGAACAGUAGCGGUGGGGGAGUGGAGCCAGCUGGAGCCCAGCAGACAAGCUGAGUGAGACGAUCCUGACUGAGUCUCAGAUAUCGAGCAGUGAGCUAUUCACACUGUUGUAGUUCUGUUUGGUUUUGUUCAGAUUGCAACUGGGCCCUGGUUCGUCCCUUUGGAAGGAAGUAUUUAGUUUAUUUGUGAUUGUUCAGGAGCCCAUAGCUGGGAGACUCUAAACUUUUAAAAAAGAGAUUUUGGAGUUUUACCAAGACUUUGGAUUUUAAAAGAGAAUGCAUAUUUUUAAAUAAACAUCUUUUAAAGUGUUUGAAUGAUUUUGUAACUUUUCAAAUUUGUAAAAUGUUUUAUAUUGUGAUGUUCUUAUUAAUGUGUGAUCUUGGGGGAUGAACAAGAGAAGAAAGGUUGCUGCUUAAUAGUGAUGUGUUUUUGUGUCAAACUGACACGAGGUCAGUUGUGUUGUCUAGUUUUAUGCCAAUUUGACACAGCUAGAUUCAUAAAAGAGGAGGGACCUCAAAUGAGAAAAGGCCUCCAUAAUAUCUGUAGGGCUGUGGGGCAUUUUUAAAAAAUUAAUGAUUGAUGUGGGAGGGCCCAACCCAUUGUGUGUGGGGUCAUCCUAGGCUGGUGGUCCUCGGUUCUAUAAGAGAAUAGGCUGAGCAAGCCUUUAAGCAUCACCCUUCCGUGGCCUUCGCAUUGACUUCCGCCUCCAGGUUCCUGCCCUGUUUGAGCUCUUGCCCCAGCUCCCUUCAAUGAUGGACUAUGAUGUGGAAGUGUGAGACAAACUCUCCCCAACUUGCUUGGCCAUCAUGUUUCAUCAUAGCAAUAGUAACCUUGUUUCAUGUCAAACUAGGGAUAUCGCCAGAGAACCCUGAAACAAGUUCCAGGCAAGAGCGGUGAUCAGAGAGAGGCCUUUGUGGCGCACACCUUUAAUCCCAGCACCCAGGAGGCAGAGGCAGGUGCAUCUCUGUUUGAAGCCAGCCUGGUCUACAUAAAGAGUUCUAGGUCAGCCAGGCAUACAUAGUGAGACCUGUCUAAAAAUCAGAGGGGCGCACUGGAGCAAUAAGGCUCUUGUUGCUCUUACAAAGGACCGAGGUUCCGUUCUCAGCCCCCACAUGGCAGCUAACAGCCGAUCUGACACCUUCUGUUCUCUGGCAGCCCUGCACACAUGUGGUAUACAGAUGUACAUGCUGACAAAACAUCCAGAUACAUAAAAUAAAAAGAAUAAAUCUCAAAGCGUUCAGUGCUGCCACGUCCGAGGCCGUGAGUCGCCGCUGCCACAGCUAUGGUGUCAGUAAUUAACACCGUGGACACCUCUCAUGAGGACAUGAUUCAUGAUGCCCAGAUGGACUAUUAUGGCACCCGCCUAGCAACCUGCUCCUCGGACAGGUCCGUCAAAAUCUUUGAUGUGCGAAACGGAGGGCAGAUCCUCAUUGCAGACCUCAGAGGACAUGAAGGGUCAGUAUGUCAGGUAGCCUGGGCCUACCCCAUGUAUGGCAACAUCCUGGCUUCCUGUUCCUAUGACUGGAAAGUCAUUAUCUGGAAGGAAGAAAACGGCACUUGGGAGAAGACUCAUGAGCACUCGGGACACGACUCCUCGGUGAACUCUGUAUGCUGGGCCACUCACGACUAUGGCCUGAUUUUGGCCUGUGGGAGCUCCAACAGGGCCAUCUCCCUGCUGACCUAUACAGGGGAAGGCCAGUGGGAAGUGAAGAAGAUUAACAACGCUCACACGAUCGGCUGUAACGCUGUCAGUUGGGCCCUUGUUGUUGUGCCUGGAAGCCUCAUAGACCAACCAUCAGGGCAGAAACCCAAUUACAUCAAGAAGUUUGCAUCAGGUGGCUGUGACAACCUCAUCAAGUUCUAGAGGGAGGAGGAAGACGGCCAGUGGAAGGAGGAACAGAAGGUAGAGGCACACAGUGACUGGGUUCGAGACGUUGCCUGGGCCCCGUCCAUUGGCCUGCCUACCAGCACCAUUGCCAGCUGCUCUCAGGACGGUCAAGUGUUUAUUUGGACCUGCGAUGAUGCCUCAGGCAAUAUGUGGUCACCCAAAAUCCUGCACAAGUUCAGUGAUGUUGCAUGGCACGUGAGCUGGUCCAUCACAGCAAACAUCCUGGCCGUGUCAGGUGGAGACAAUAAGGUGACCUUAUGGAAAGAGUCGGUGGAUGGACAGUGGGUGUGCAUCAGCGAUGUCAACAAAGGCCAGGGUUCCGUGUCCGCCUCCAUCACAGAGGGCCAACAGAAUGAGCAGUGACAACACAGGCGGCCUGGUCUUCUUGUUUCCAGGACUGCCUAUUCUAGAACAACAUCCAAACAACUGGGAAGAAGGGUCCCAAUGCUACCAAGAUUCCACACCCAGGAGUGCCCACAGAUGGAACACUGGGUGCUCACCUGCCUUACUGGGAUUCCAUGUUUGGUAACUUAAUGUCCAGCUGAAAGUAUUCAUGUCAGGAACAAAUGACUAUUAUUUUUAAAUAUUUUUGGCCAUUUUUAACUAUCUUUUGGUUCAAACU